GCGUGUCUUGUUUAGCGGCCAGGAGAAGAGCGUGUCUGUUAGCCAGUCAACAUCUCAGUCCAUAUAAGCACUUUGCGAGCACUACAAACUAACUUCGCUUUAUCCAGGCCGACGGACAGCAGAAGUUGCCAAUCACUCUUUCCCUGCCGAUACCCCAAAACAAACCCACCAAUCCGCUUUGAAGUGGAGCUUUCUGGAUGGAAAUAGCCAACAUGGUGUGGUCGUUGCCCGCUGAGACACUCGGUGCUCUCUCUCUACGGUCUUUGGGGGAGUCUGCCUCUAUCUUCAAGAACCUCAGUCACAUUCAGAAAAAUACAUAGUUGAAAAUGGUUAUUAAAGUAUAUUUAGCUUCUUCUUCUGGAUCAACUGCGAUCAAGAAGAAGCAGCAGGAUGUGGUGGGGUUCCUGGAGGCUCUGAAGAUCGACUACACGCCGCUGGACAUCGCCUGCAAUGAGGAGAACCGCCUGUGGAUGAGGGAGAACGUGCCGGGAGAGAAGAAGCCCACCAACGGCAUCCCGCUGCCGCCACAGAUCUUCAACGAGGAGAGCUACUGCGGGGACUAUGAAACAUUCUUUGAUGCCAAGGAGGACAAUCAGGUGUAUGCCUUCCUGGGUUUAGCACCUCCACCUGGGUCAAAGCAGGGCGACCCAGCGGAGGAGUGUAAUGGGGUGGUGAACGGCGAAUCGGAGGAGGUGGUGGAGGAAGAACAGGAGGAGCUGGCUGGAGAGCAGGCUGCAGAGGAGGGAGGGGAGGAAGAGGAGGAGGUGGUGGAGGAAGAGCAGGAGGAGCUCGCUGUGGGAGACGCAGAGUUGGCAGAAGACGAAGAGGCUGAAGAGGAGAUUAAGAAGGUCACUGGCGAAGAGGACGACCAGGGAGAAGAGGAGGAAGAUGAAGAGCCCAAGGAAGAAGAUGUGCAGCCGGUUUCUGAGGAGGAGGAUCAGGCCAUUUCUGAGGAAGAAGAAGAACUGCGAAAGCUUGAGGAGCCAGAGGACCCCCAGAGUGAGGAAGAAGAAGAAGAGGCAGACGCAGAGGAUGAAGAGGAUGAGUAGCGUUUACCUGGUGGGGUUAAGAUUCCUGCCUCUUCUCACACCUUCAAGCUAGGAGAACCCCCUAAAUCCCCACCCGCCCCUCCAGCAAGAGCUUCCGGACCCUUCCUCAAGAUGUUGCACAUCGCCACUGCCUGCUCGUGACGGUCCGCGGUCCGGCUGAAAACACGUGUCCCUGCCAAACACCUGGUUUCCCUGUUCCUCUGCCCCUCUGCCCCUCUGCCCCUCUGCCUCUCUGCCACCAGGGGCUCCCCUCGCUGCAGCAAUUAUCUGACUUUUAUUUUUUUACUCUGUAGGGGAGUAGAGUUUAUGUGUGUUUAUCGUAACUAUUAAUAUAGAAUCACUGGGAAGUAUAUUACCGCUGCUUAAAGUGUCUGUCUAGCAUUCUUUUUUACUAUUAAAGACCCUUUGAAGUGAAAUCAGUUGAGCAGACACAUCUUUCAGUAUACUUUCAUGUGCAUAAAAUAUGUCUCACUGUGUACCUAAAAUUUUUUGUAGAUACUAGUUAUUGCGAGAGAUUAACUUAAUUUAAAAUGAUUAAUUUCAUUUUACACAAACUAAACUUGUUCAUGUAAAGCAACACUCUGUUGGAAAGGCACUUUAAGGAGCUCACAUAGACUAACAGUUAGAAAACAUGUCAAUGUCAAUGUGCCAGGUUUUGUACUGUGUUUGAAUUUGAUUCAAUCUGUAUCUCUGACUGCCGUCCGUUACAACAGACCCCACGUCCAGUUAGCCCCUCCUGCUGACAGGCUGUCAAAUCCAUCGCAUCGUUUCUUUGGGCUACGACUGUUAGCCUGCCCUUUUUCAUAAUGAAAACACCCAACAUCCUUUAAUUUUAACAUGCCAAAGUACUGUAAACUGCAUAUAUUACAAAAAUAUCAAUCAUUGACAAUUUCAAAUAUGCAAUUAUUCACAUUUGUGAAUGGAUUGUAAAAUUUAUAUAUAUUGAAAAUAUUUAUGCUUUCAAUUGCAUGUAUGAAAGUGACAAAAAUAGAUAUAUUUUGCAAUAUAUCCAUAUAAUUUUGACAUUUGAAAAAAAAAAAGUCCAUACAUUCUGAAAUAUCACAUACCAGCCUGUAAUAAUCCAAGGACUUGUAACUGAAAAAAGAAUGUGAAAUGUCUGACUAAAUUUUUGUUUAAUGAGACCUCAGGACUUUCUCUGUCACCAUGCAGAAAAAACGUCCCUAUGUUCAGCUCUGCGGUGUGCUCUGCACAGGUUAGCUUCUAUUCUAACUGUUCACUUUUAAAUUUAUACAACGGGACAGAAUGAAUCUAACUGCUAGUUUGCAAAAUAAAGGAAAAUGACUAAUAAAGAUUUGAGAGUGACAUAGGA